AUGGAUCGUACACCUGCAGAACAAUAUUAUCUACCAUGGCAACUACAUAGAAGCGUCGUAAUUGUGGAAGAAAAAAAGAGAAAUAUUGGCAAAAAAAGCGCUCAAGGAAAAAAGGCAGAAGACAUAAUGAUAGACACAUAUACAUAUACGUGUUAUGUCGAAUUAUCCAAAUAUGAGUUUCUGAUGAAAGGUUUUGCGAAAGAUUCUUCGUUAAAAACAUCUAACAACGGAAGAAGAAGAAAACUAUUCGACUUCGGAAAAUUGGAAAAUUCAUUCGAUUUGAGUUUUGAUUUUUCCGAAGCAUUUAAAUUGAAGUUAUCUGUAAUCUAG